UUUCCAAGUUCCUCGGUUCUGGACAAGAACUAUCCCGCCCCACUCCCCGAGACGCAUUUUUGAAUUUCUACCUCAACGCAGCCGGGUAGGCAGACUGGCAGGUACGAAGGCGUCGCCGCAAUUGUGUGGGUGAUCACGAGUAUUAUCUGCGUCGACGUCGUAGCGGGGGCUUCCCCAAGCUUUUCAGUUCUUGUCGCAGUUCCGAGUGUUCCCAGUUCUUCGUGGAACUGGUCUUCAGGAGUCGCCACUUCAGUCAGGGAAGGAAUGAUCCGCUGGAACGUUGCGGAAACGAUUGCAGUUGCGCUGUCUGUCGACUCUCUCCAGAGCCUUGCCGGGAAUUAGCGGAGAGAGCUUCAGAAGUUCCGACAAGAGGGGAACCCCUUUGUUUUAUGCGAGCGGGCUAUAUUUGAGUUACCUACGUCGAGGAACUAGUGAGUACUUUUGAUCGAGGAGGACUGGAUGUGGAGGGACAAGGCGCACUCGGGAAUGCUUAGCUGGUUGGCUGUAGUUCGUUUGCGCAGCUUGGGAACAUGCUCAUUAAGCCAUUUCUCAAUACUUAUUAUCGUGCGCGGUGACAAGUAGUGGCCUUAAUGCUUAGUUUCUUCUAUUUCUCACAAUUGACAACUCUACGGCUGUCAUGGAUACUCUAGGGUUUCCGAUCUUUUGUUGAGGGCUAGCUGGUGCGGUGACAGAUGGUUGGAAGUGGGGGGCCGAUCCUAACGUGAAAUGUAAAGUUGACGGAGAAGUGAGUGAAGGGCCAGGGUAUGCCAUAAUAUCAGUAGCCUUGUAAGAUGGAGGCAAUCCUUCGUACCGUUUUGCUGCGGCAGCAGCAGAUGGCAACGCAAUGGGACGCAGAGUUCGAGCAGCAGAAGCAGCUCUUUCACAUCAAUACUUCUACCUUGAUUGACAUGCUACCCGUUCAACCAAGAAAGAAGCGACACAAGGUUGACAGUUAUCGUCAGCAACCUGGGCCCACUCCAAGCCAUGAUAAGGAGAACUUUAUCGGAUUGCAGGGCUUUCUUCCGAGCAAUGGUUUUUUGGAGUCCCCUAAGACCAAAGCUCCGCAUUCUAGAGGACUUGCCAAACGAGAUCUUAAUACGAGGUUUUGUGACAAUGAUGUCAAGUCCGCCGGUCGUAUGGAGGUUAAACCAUUGGAGUCACUCGGUCAACCAUCUCUCUAUCAAUCAGCGUGGCGAAACUGCUUGGAUGCCGAUAAUCCAGAGCUGAACACUAGAAUUGUGCAUGGCGUUAGAGAUAUCAGUCAAGUCACUUCUCGUCAAGUGUCUGUCAAAAUUGAAGCUGAUGAAGGUGGAUCCUGCGACAUUCGAGUCCCUUCAGCCAGUGAAGUCGAAAUUAGGAAGAGAUCACGAGGAGGAGAGGAUAAAUCUAUUGCAUUGCAGAUGUCUCAUGAAGAGAUCCCGGACGCCCCUGUGGAAGAUGAGAAGCAAGCAGAUCGUAUUGCAAUAGCGGAUGUUGGCGAGGAGAAUUCGAAGUCCAAAAGGGCCCGGAAAGUAGGAAUAAACAAUGAACGCUCGGUGGAGGUCAAGGAUCAGUUGGAGAACGCUUCUGGGGAUUCAGAAGUCGUCAAAGCUGUUGAACCUGAGAUCGAAAGCAAUGUGGGAACUGGAGAGACAAUGCCAAUUUUUGGCGCGGAUGCGGAUGUAGUGAAGGUUGAGAUUGAACCUGUGAAUGUUAGUAAGGCCCCUUCUCGCAGGGGACGGGCAGCUAAAUGUACAUCUACAGCAUCUCGAGCCGCUAUGGCGGCGGUUGGGUCGGAUGUUGUGAGCAAAGAACCUGUUCGGAGAGGGCGGUCUAAACAAGCGUCCACAGUUUCUGGAGCAGCAGUGCCGCAGAUUGCCCCACGAGUUACACGAUCUAGGGCUCGCAAGGCUGAAAGCGUGGUGGAAUCGGAAUCAGGAAUUUGUGAACAGUUGUCCUCUUCCCAGGUGGCUUGUAAGGCGUCAGAUCUGCAAGGGGGCGGUGGCGCAGUUGUUUUGCCUCGUGUAGGAGCCGAUUUUCCUGUGGGAGUGGGAAAUUCUGAGCUCAAGCCCUGCCAUUCUUUGUCGCAUUGUAAGGAUGAAGAACAUGACAGGUCGUCGAAACUGGUUUUAAGGCCGCAGAUCGAGAAAUGUGAUCAGGUCGAUGUGAGCACGUCGGCAGAAAAGAUUUCCAACGACGUGCAGCGUUCCAGUAAAGCGUCUCAAUCCAGAUUACAGAAACCGGUCACCCGAUUCGCACGCAAGGGUUCUGAGAUUAGUCCAGUUGCUCUUGGAAUGACCCAACCGGAUGAUGCAAGUAAUUCAGCACGUAUUACUUCCCAAGAAGACACAGUCUUUCCAGUUCCGAAAACCGAAGUGGAGGGUGUGAGGGUGGAUUCUCGGAUUGCCGAGGCCCGUGCGAGUGCUGGGAAUGUUGCUGUCUACCACGUGAAAAAUGAUCAGCACAUGAGUCUAUCACAACUGGAAUUAAGGCGAAUUGAAGUGGGUGUUGGACAACGAGAAGUUGAUCUUACGUCUGCAGCUAUUCCUUUCGCAAUGCGUGAUGCAACGGAGCGACAAGUCAGGAAUGAAUUUUUGACUUUGCUUGAUGCUAGAACUGCCAGAGAGGUGACAGGAAAGAUUGCCCCAUGUAUAGCUGCUCUUGAAGGGGAUAUAUUGCCUGAUGCUGUCUACAAGGAUCUAACAAAAGGAGGGUCACAGUCGCGAUGUGAUAUGAUUGGGGAUAAUAGGCAUGCAAGUAUCAGUGAAGCCCAGCAUCUUUCAGCACGUCUUGCCUCAUGUGAAGCAGCAGAGCUCUGUCACGGUAAAGACGUCACGCAGCUUUCUAAUGCUCCCAGCAGUAACGAGAUGGGAGCUAGAAAAGUGCUGCUUUCAGAGACAAUGAAUGACAACAUCUCGCACAUGAAGCAAUCCAGUGACCCAGUGGCUUUCCAAGAGAAAAGCUCCUUGGUAAGGUCUCGUCAGUCCUCCCACAAGGUUGAUAGAAUCGCUUCCGUUACCUCUCUGGAUCUAUCUGAAGCCGGGAAAGAAGGCUCAGCCGGUAAUGUGGAAUUGCAAACUGCUGCAUGUGUGGCUAGAGAGCCGACUCCGGCUGGAAGAGAUGAAUCAAGAGAAAAUCCACUGAAAGAUGUGGUCGCCUCUGAACAAGAAGGAAUGGAAGACCACAAUGUCAUCGAAAAACGUAGUAAUGAGGCAAACGUACUCUUUGCAAAGAGGACUUGGCAGGUGAAGAGAGCGAGUAUGCAAGAUGCCUUCAUGGGUACAACAUCAGAAGGAUCACGCGUGAAUGAACCGAACGAUUUAAAAGAAUUUGAGGACGCAGGAUCCACAAUGAAUAUGGCUCGCGAACAAGGCCACUCUGACGCAGUCUCACCAGUUAGGUACUCUGAAGCAAGAGCCAUAGAAGAGGCAAUGGGAUGUUCCCUGGAACAGGAGUUUCAUCCUGAGGUCACUCUUACCUUGAACCGCUUUCAGUUUCGAAAGAGGUUGUCACCUAGGUCCAAGGCGAGGGCACGGCGUUGGAGAUCUGAUGUUGCAACUAACGGUGUGGAUUAUGUAAGAGGCCAGUCGUCUGAUGCUCCCGCAGCUUCUCCAAGCAAAGCUAUUUCAUCCAGAGACCGUUCCCUUGAAGGUGUAGCGUACGAAACCUUCCUGGAGGCACAGUCACCAAACCCUGAGGAAGCUUUGCAACAAAUUGAGCCAGCUUUCAGUUUUGGUGCUCUGAAGUCUGUCGACCAAGCAGAUACAAUUCCCCGCCAGGUGGAACAUCUGGCAAGAUCUUCGAACAUCAUAGAAAACGGUUCGCAGGCAGAGGAAAGCUGCAGACGUUCUAUUGCCACUCUUUGCAACGAGGUUUGCACCCAAACUUUUCAAGAUGGAGAAGUAGGCGACAACACUGUGGAGUAUGAAAUUAUGGAAACAGCCAACGAGAAGAAUGGGAAUUCUUUGAGUCCUCUGCCUUUACUUCGGAGUAUUUAUAUGCUCAGCAAAGCCUGUCAGAAUGAUAUGGCAGGCGCCCGUGGGAUUCUUGAAGAUGAGGAUCAACAGCAAGUUCAUACUCUAAUAGAGAGUGCAAAGAAGAUUAUAGAGCAGCUUUCAAGUAAGAGAGCUCACGCAGUUGGAGCACUGCCGACGACACCUGCUUCUACACACCCCGCACUCAAAGGCUCCAGGUUCAAUGACCAUACAAACUUGUAUCCUGAUCGGUUCAGGCUAUUUAUCACUCCGAAACCCUCCUCAGCUCCCCCCUCAAUGUUGCCUUCGUCAUCGAACAUUUUCCCUGUCGUUGUUUUGCAAGAUGACAUCGAAGUGAAUUCUCCACCAGUGAAGCACCUAAAUCAGGAGAUCAUGGAGCAGGAUUUUGUUACACGCCCGUGUCUCGAUUCGAUUUUGCCGGGGUCAGCCAUUUCUUCUGAUAACAUUGAAAGCCCUGCUCGUGCGAAGUCCUGUUCCCUUGCAGAUGAUGGUAAACUACAAACAACGUCGUGUACUGAUAACAGUCAGUCGAAGGAAGGCGUUUAUGUCCCGGCUUCUGAAUCUGGAUUGGAAAUGUCCAGACUGAGUGAUUCAGUACAUAAACACCGUAAUUCAGAUGCUCUUCCAAAUACAAUCGUUUGUGGCGCAUUAGCCAUUGGCUCUGCAAGCGCUCAUCCAGGUUGUCAGAAAGAUGGAAUUUUGAAGUCAUGCAAUGGGAGUAAACAAUCUACUAGGGGUCCGACAGGUACAGUUGAUACUGUAGAGCAUUCGACCCGCCAAACUGACAAUCCAGAUCCCUGGAGUUUCAAGACUAUUGGUGUUGCAGAGAAUUCAACUGAAACCAUGUCGCGUUUCUCUGCUCAAUCGAAAGACGAUGUUGUAGGGACUUACUCCACUGCAAAGGACGUUCUCCACCUCCUUGGGACAGAAUCUUUAAUCAGCCACCCUACUCACCUACCUACGCCUGUGCAAAGUCUUCGAUUUUCUCCCGGAUGCGCGUCCAAUCAUCACAGUAAGACUUCGCUCUCAUCUAAAAAGGUUCAUUUCGAAGCUGGAGAUCCUGAAGUGACCGCUGCUAUUUAUGAGGGAGAUUCAAGGAUUCCCUGUUCUCCAGUCUUCAUUGUAAAACAAUCUGGGCAAGAUGAUUCUUGUCACGUGCUGGGGACUUCUAUAGCCGUUCCUUCAUUUCCUCAUCUUGAAUUCCAGAAGACUGUGAUACCUGAAGCGGAAACUUUUAUUCCAGACAGCACUUCAGAACCCUCGAAUGAGCUUGUGUUGCACUCUCAGCUUAAGUUGACUUCCUCUCCUGCCUCUAUGUUGCGAGUUGAGCCGCAGUGCUCGUCAAAUCUGAUCAAUGCUGUCCCUGGCUCCUUAGCAAGCAAUCCAGGUCUCCCUCGUUCAAAUUUGGUGUCUAGCAUGCGUUCUUUCAUACCGCUUGUGCAGCAUCAGCAACCUGCCGCUCCUUAUCCGAAUGGAAAACGUGAUGUGAAAGUGAAAGCGUUGGAAGCGGCUGAAGCAGCUAGAAGAGCGGCGGAACAGAAAGAGUUAGAGAAGCAGGAGCGCAAGAAGGCCGCAGAGUUGGCGAAACGUGAGAAGCUGGAAAGAGCUGCACAAGAUAAGUUGGCCAAAAAAGAAAAAGCUGCGCAAGAGAAGCUGCUUCACCAAGAAGCACGAGCCGAGGAAUCUAACAAGCGGAAAGCCGUCGCUGCAGGCACUACUAAAUCGAUUUUGGUAGACUCUGCUACUUGUAAAGGGAGUAGUAACCAGAAUAUGCUUGUGAAGGUCAAGAAAACAUAUGAGCUGAAGUUGAAGAUGGACCAGGACAAGCAAGAGAGACUUCUAGAAGAGCAGCGUCGCAAAGAGGAGGAUUGGAAGAAAAAGGAGGCAGAGAACGCUGCCCGGAAACGCAAGCAUGAAGCUGCGGAGAAAAAAGAAAAGAUGGAGAAGCGAAGGCGCCUCGAAGAAGUCAUGAAGGCGAAUCGAGAGAUGGAAGAGCGGCAGAGAUUGGAGUUAGAGAGGAAGGCACAGAAGCAAAAAGCUCUGGAGGAGAUGGAAAAGGAACGAAAGACUAUUGAGGAGGAGAUAAAGCGGCAGAAGCGAUUGGAAAAAGAAAAGGAGGUCGAGCAACGGCGGAAAAAGGAGGAGGAGAGGGAGCUAGCAUGGUUGGAAUCGAAAGAAGCCACUCGGAAGCGGAAAGAAGAGGCUGCCAAACAGUUGAAAUUACUUGAAUCUGAAGGGUAUCAACAAGCUGCGAAGAUUCUUCGCUCGUCUGAAGAUCCUACAGUUCCUGUGGCUGGUCCGUAUCAUUCGUUUUUAGCCUCACUCCAUACUGCUAUGGGCGUUGGGGAUGGCAUAGGGGCUGCCCUACCUUCUGGUGUCAACAACCUCGUUGACCCUCAGAGACCUAGCUCUCACAGCCUGAUCGGGCAUCCGCUACGAGUUCCUCAACAAAGUGGUGAAGGUGCAGGGGCUUGUAGAAACUCACAGACAGCAAUGCGAGUGCCUCGUACAACUCCCGAGGGCGCUCAUGGUGUUUCAAGUACGAUAGUGGGGUCCGGGCAGCCUCUAUUUCGUACACCUCCUGAGGCUUUUGGUAAUCCUACAGGGGCUUCCAUUGUCGUUACAGGCGGAAUUGUUUCAUCAACUAAAGUCUUGAGAGAUAGGGCCAUCAAUGUUCCGCAAGAUCAACAUGGCUCGAAAACUGGAGUCAAUGCUGUGGCGUUAGGCAGCAAGCUAACUAAACCUGUACAUAAUGGUUUUUCAGGUCCUCCGGGAGGUGUGAUUAGACAAGGGGAUAAAGGGCUGCAGUCGUAUGAGAUUUCACCCUAUCGAGAUUCUGAAGAUGAAGAUUCUGAUGAGGAAGAGAAACGAUCCCAAAAACCGAUUCCACAAUGGGCAAGGAAAGAGCAUAUUCUAUCGCAACUCGUGAGACAGCUUGAACAAGAUCCCGAUGACAUCUUUAUUGGUGCCAGCUCAUGCAGCCUUGACGAGGUAUUUGAAGUCAAAGGAUCCAAGAAAAGGCCGGACUUCAAACGAAGAGGCAGCAGUGGUGACUGGGUGAAGGAUUGUUUAACUUGGCAAGAGCAGAUCCAAUACAAAGUGACUAUGGGGUACCUUCAUUAGUUCUGCAUCUCGCAGAUUGUGUAUUAGCGCUGUGCUCCUUGAGUUUCGGACCCUGGUAGUGCCAAUAUCGGAGAGUUGAUCUCUUGAUCAUAUUGCACGAAAUUGUUAACCCAGCAGCGUAACUUAACAACCACCCUAGCUCUUGCAGAUUUCACUAACGUAUGAACUUAUUAUUCAGUUCGCCUUUCAGUGAUUUUAGUUAAAUAGUAGUACAGUAGUUUCACAAUUAGGAGCACAUUUACGAACUUCUGUACAGAUUGUUUCCAGAUCAAUACCUCAAAUAUACCAUUGACAGACCUCAAAAGGGUAUACAUACGCAUGCUGAACUAAUCAAUAUAAGUAGAGCAGUUGAUUCUGUCUUGGUAGAUUAGCCUGCUCGCCGCAAUUGGUUAAAACAAAUUGUUGAAUUUCUAAGCCGUUUGGUGACGAGGCCUGUUC